CUCAGAGCCUUCUUGAUGUAUAUAUGCAGGUAGGGAGAAUUGAAUCAGCCCUUUGAUACAGUAAUAUAGUAAAACUUUCAUUUGGGGAGCAGCAGUUCUUCUUAUUUUUCUACUCUCUUGUGGGAAUGAGUUGCCAAUCUUUUACUCCGGCUGAUACCUUUAUACCUCUGAAUUCUGACGCUUCUGCAACUCUGCCUCUGAUAAUGCAUCACAGUGCUGCCGAGUGCCUACCAGUCUCCAACCAUGCCACCAAUGUGAUGUCUACAGCAACAGGACUUCAUUAUUCUGUUCCUUCCUGUCAUUAUGGAAACCAGCCAUCAACCUAUGGAGUGAUGGCAGGUAGUUUAACUCCUUGCCUUUACAAGUUUCCUGAUCACACCCUGGGUCAUGGGUUUCCUGCCCUCCACCAGCCUCUCUUGGCAGAGGACACCACAGUCGCUGAAUUCAAGCAAGAACUCAGGCGGAAGAGCAAACUGGUUGAAGAACCAAUAGACAUGGAUUCUCCAGAAAUUCGAGAGCUUGAAAAGUUUGCCAAUGAAUUUAAAGUGAGGAGAAUUAAGUUAGGAUACACCCAAACAAACGUUGGGGAAGCCCUGGCAGCUGUGCAUGGCUCUGAAUUCAGUCAGACAACCAUCUGCAGAUUUGAAAACCUACAACUCAGUUUUAAAAAUGCAUGCAAACUAAAAGCAAUAUUAUCAAAAUGGCUGGAGGAAGCUGAGCAAGUAGGAGCUUUGUACAAUGAAAAAGUGGGAGCAAAUGAAAGAAAAAGGAAACGGAGAACAACUAUAAGUAUUGCUGCUAAAGAUGCUCUGGAGAGACACUUUGGAGAACAGAAUAAACCUUCCUCUCAGGAGAUCAUGCGGAUGGCUGAAGAACUGAAUCUUGAGAAAGAAGUAGUAAGAGUUUGGUUUUGCAACCGAAGGCAGAGAGAAAAGAGGGUAAAGACAAGUCUGAAUCAAAGUUUAUUUUCUGUUUCUAAGGAGCAUCUUGAGUGCAGAUAAGAGUUCCUAUUGUGUGACAGCCAUUUUUUCCUUACUAUUUUUCAUUCUGUUCUCUUUCCCAACAAAAAUAGAAAUUAGGUACGUGGUUGACUUCAAAUUUAUUUUAUACUUAUGCAGUUCUGUGUUUUUUAAAAAAUGAAUUCAACAAUUUAAAUUAUAUUAUUUUCUUUAAAAUAAUUAUUCUCAGAAGCUACAAUGUACAUUGUAAACAAAAGAUACUAAUAGAAAAAAAUGA